AUGUUGUCCGAUAAGGAAUUAUUUGAGUUGAACAAGAAGGCGGUGACCGAAGGGUUCAAGGUUAAGCCUCGGAUUAACUAUAACACCGUUCAAGGGGUCAAUGGACCAUUAGUUAUCUUAGAUAAUGUCAAGUUCCCUCGUUAUAAUGAGAUUGUCAAUUUGACCUUACCAGAUGGAUCUGUUAGAGCAGGUCAAGUUUUGGAAGUCAGAGGAUCCAAAGCCAUUGUUCAAGUGUUUGAAGGCACAAGUGGUAUUGAUGUUAAAAAGACCAGGGUUGAGUUCACUGGCCAAAACUUAAAGAUCCCUGUUUCUGAAGAUAUGUUGGGUAGAAUCUUUGAUGGUUCCGGUAGACCAAUUGAUAAGGGUCCCAAGAUUUUUGCUGAAGAUUAUUUGGAUAUCAAUGGAUCUCCUAUUAACCCAUUUGCUCGUAUUUAUCCUGAAGAAAUGAUUCUGACAGGGAUCUCUACCAUUGAUACUAUGAAUUCAAUUGCUAGAGGUCAAAAGAUUCCUAUUUUCUCUGCUUCUGGGUUACCUCAUAAUGAAAUCGCCGCUCAAAUUUGUAGACAAGCUGGUUUGGUUAGACCCACCAAAGAUGUCCACGAUGGUCAUGAAGAAAACUUCUCGAUUGUGUUUGCUGCUAUGGGUGUCAACUUGGAAACCUCCAGAUUCUUCAAGCAAGAUUUCGAAGAAAAUGGAUCCUUGGAAAGAACUACCUUGUUUUUGAACUUGGCCAAUGAUCCUACCAUUGAAAGAAUCAUUACUCCUCGUUUGGCUUUGACUACAGCCGAAUAUUUGGCUUAUCAAACCGAAAGACACGUGUUGACUAUCUUAACCGAUAUGUCUUCAUAUGCGGAUGCCUUGAGAGAAAUCUCUGCUGCCAGAGAAGAAGUCCCCGGUAGAAGAGGUUAUCCUGGUUAUAUGUAUACCGAUUUAUCUACCAUUUAUGAAAGAGCUGGUAGAGUUGAAGGUAGAAAUGGGUCCAUUACUCAAAUUCCUAUUUUAACCAUGCCUAAUGAUGAUAUUACCCAUCCAAUUCCUGAUUUGACUGGUUAUAUCACCGAAGGUCAAAUUUUUGUCGAUAGACAAUUGCAUAACAGAGGUAUCUAUCCUCCAAUCAACGUGUUGCCCUCCUUAUCUCGUUUGAUGAAAUCAGCCAUUGGUGAAGGUAUGACCCGUAAGGAUCAUGGGGAUGUUUCCAACCAAUUGUAUGCCAAAUACGCCAUUGGUAGAGAUGCUGCUGCCAUGAAGUCUGUUGUUGGUGAAGAAGCCUUAUCAACUGAAGAUAAAUUAUCAUUGGAGUUCUUGGAAAAGUUUGAAAAAACCUUUGUGUCCCAAGGUGCUUAUGAAGACAGAUCCAUCUUUGAAUCUUUGGAUCAAGCUUGGUCUUUAUUGAGAAUCUACCCUAAGGAGUUGUUGAACAGAAUUAGUCCAAAAAUAUUGGGUGAAUUCUACGAUAGGGCAAGAGAAGCCGAGGAUGAAGAAGACGAUGAUAAUGAAGAUCAAAAUCAAGAUAAGAAUGGUGAUUUGAUUGACGCUUAA